GCGCGGUGUUCGAGCGCGGUGACGUCAUCGCUUGUUGUUGUUUGGCGCGGGGAAGAUGGAGGCGGAUGGUGGGGUCUCCGCGCAGCUCCUGAGGGAAUUCACCUCCAUUACCGGUAAGAGGCGGGCCGGGGAACGCUACCGGGAAGGAUGCCAAUCAAUACACACCCGGUUUGUGGCGCUGGUUACUGAUUAAACCGGACAGGAGGGGGUCCAGGCUGCCCUGGAGGAGCUGUGCCAGGGGAGAGGAUGGUCUGCCAUAGGCACUGUGUAUCCAAGUGAGCUGUCACCCAGGCCGGCUAGCUAACCCUGGGAUAUGGGACCCUACUGCAGGGUGUUAGUACCAGGCCAGCCAGCUCACCCUGGGAUAUGGGACCCUGCUGCAGGGUGUUAGUACCAGGCCAGCCAGCUAACCCUGGGACAUGGGACCCUACUGCAGGGUGUUAGUACCAGGCCAGCUAGUACCAGCUGUCACCCAGGCCGGCUAGCUAACCCUGGGAUAUGGGACCCUACUGCAGGGUGUUAGUACCAGGCCAGCCAGCUAACCCUGGGAUAUGGGACCCUGCUGCAGGGUGUUAGUACCAGGCCAGCCAGCUAACCCUGGGACAUGGGACCCUACUGCAGGGUGUUAGUACCAGGCCAGCUAGCUAACCCUGGGACAUGGGACCCAGCUACCACCAGCUAUGGGACCCUGCUGCAGGGUGUUAGUACCAGGCCAGCCUAGCUAACCCUGGGAUAUGGGACCCCUGCAGGGUGUUAGUACCAGGCCAGCCAGCUAACCCUGGGACAUGGGACCCUGCUGCAGGGUGUUAGUACCAGGCCAGCCAGCUAACCCUGGGACAUGGGACCCUGCUGCUAGCCAGCCUACUGGGACUGGGCUAACCCUGGGACAUGGGACCCUACUGCAGGGUGUUAGUACCAGGCCAGCUAUAUGGGACCCUGCUGCAGGGUGUUAGUACCAGGCCGGCUAGCUAACCCUGGGAUAUGGGACCCUACUGCAGGGUGUUAGUACCAGGCCAGCCAGCUAACCCUGGGAUAUGGGACCCUGCUGCAGGGUGUUAGUACCAGGCCAGCCAGCUAACCCUGGGACAUGGGACCCUGCUGCAGGGUGUUAGUACCAGGCCAGCCAGCUAACCCUGGGAUAUGGGACCCUACUGCAGGGUGUUAGUACCAGGCCAGCCAGCUAACCCUGGGACAUGGGACCCUACUGCAGGGUGUUAGUACCAGGCCGGCCAGCUAACCCUGGGAUAUGGGACCCCACUGCAGGGUGUUAGUACCAGGCCAGCCAGCUAACCCUGGGAUAUGGGACCCUACUGCAGGGUGUUAGUACCAGGCCAUCUAGCUAACCCUGGGAUAUGGGACCCUACUGCAGGGUGUUAGUACCAGGCCGGCCAGCUAACCCUGGGAUAUGGGACCCUGCUGCAGGGUGUUAGUACCAGGCCGGCUAGCUAACCCUGAGAUAUGGGACCCUGCUGCAGGGUGUUAGUACCAGGCCGGCUAGCUAACCCUGGGAUAUGGGACCCUACUGCAGGGUGUUACUACCAGGCCAGCUAUAUGGGACCCUGCUGCAGGGUGUUAGUACCAGGCCGGCUAGCUAACCCUGGGAUAUGGGACCCCACUGCAGGGUGUUAGUACCAGGCCGGCUAGCUAACCCUGGGAUAUGGGACCCUGCUGCAGGGUGUUAGUACCAGGCCGGCUAGCUAACCCUGGGAUAUGGGACCCUGCUGCAGGGUGUUAGUACCAGGCCGGCUAGCUAACCCUGGGAUAUGGGACCCUACUGCAGGGUGUUAGUACCAGGCCGGCCAGCUAACCCUGGGAUAUGGGACCCUGCUGCAGGGUGUUAGUACCAGGCCGGCUAGCUAACCCUGAGAUAUGGGACCCUGCUGCAGGGUGUUAGUACCAGGCCGGCUAGCUAACCCUGGGAUAUGGGACCCUACUGCAGGGUGUUAGUACCAGGCCGGCCAGCUCACCCUGGGACAUGGGACCCUACUGCAGGGUGUUAGUACCAGGCCAGCUAGCUAACCCUGGGACAUGGGACCCCACUGCAGGGUGUUAGUACCAGGCCAGCUAGCUAACCCUGGGACAUGGGACCCCACUGCAGGGUGUUAGUACCAGGCCAGCUAGCUAACCCUGGGACAUGGGCCCCUACUGCAGGGUGUUAGUACCAGGCCAGCUAGCUAACCCUGGGACAUGGGACCCUACUGCAGGUUGUUAGUACCAGGCCAGCCAGCUAACCCUGGGACAUGGGACCCUACUGCAGGGUGUUAGUACCAGGCCAGCUAGCUAACCCUGGGACAUGGGACCCUACUGCAGGGUUUUAGUACCAGGCAGAUAGUAGUGCCGCUGGUACCACCUAGAUUUCAGGUGCCAUAUGUACCCUUGCACAAAGCCGAGAGAUGCCCCCUACUCUACAUUACCUUGGUGCAAUAUUCCAAGUUUUCUGGCAGAUAGUGAACUUGUCCACCUUGCCACAUCCAACGCUGACCAUUGAAACCCAUUGCUUGACACUAUAAGCACCAAAACAUUUUUAGAUUGAUGAAGCAGUUUUGGUGUAUAAAUCAUGCUUCUGCAGUCUCACUACGCUAUUCUCUGACAUUUAGGAGUUAAAUCACUUUGUUUCUACAGCCCUAGUCAAACCUAUUUGUAUUUAAAGGGAAACUAUAGUGCCAGGAAAACAAACUUUUUUUUUUUUUUUUUUUUAAUCCUGGUACUAAAGCUUCCCCCUCCAAAGGCGGAGGAGACCGCAUUGUUACACCUUAAGAAAGGUGGAGACAUGGCCUACAUUGGCACUGGACAUACGAAAGGCAAGCUUGGGGACUCUGCAGCGGGAUGGACUGCAGAGGGGAAGCUCCCUAUCAUUAUUGGGCUUCUUACCAGGAACAGUGACACUUGGCCUGAAGACCUCUGCCAUCUGGGACUGUAUCAUGCCCGGGGCAUAGACUGAACAGAUCAUUGAGCUUCUGGCUGCAUCUCACCUCUGGGGCGGAAUACUCAUAUGUUUUGUUUUUGUUUUUUUAGCACCUAAGCAUGGUUACUUAUACUAUAUCUACACUCCACUUAGCUCUGUUCAAUCACUGCAGGAUUGGGACUUUUGUGAAUUAAUGCUUUCUUCUGUUUUUUAGUUAUAUAUGUGCGUAAUCUGCAGCUUGCUUAAAUUUGUUUUGGAGCUAAUCCUAUAUUUUUUGAAGCCUGAUUUAUUAUUUUUAUAACAUUGCGCACUUACUAUGAAUGCAAUGCCAAUGUUAUACUAUAUCUGUUAUUGAAACUCUUGGUAAUGAUGGUGUGACAUCGCAGGCUUGUUUGUACUCUUAUGCACAACAAAAAUAUUGACAAGAAGAUAGAACUAGAUAUAUAACUAACUGUACCUUAACCUACACAUAGCACAAAACCAAAUGUGUUGGUGCCUGGAGUAUUUAUAAAAAAAAAAAAAAAAAACUUGAUAAAGAGUAGCUGUCAGUUCUCUAAUACUGACAGCUCUGCAUUUCCACACACCAUUAACCAUUAUUGGAGCACUUAAUGGAGUGAGGAAUGCUAAGGAGGUGAGCAUAAAACACUUAAUUCUUGAUCUCUCCUAAUGUGUGUGUGCGCGCCACUAUUGUUCCAUAAUGCUCUGAGCUUGCUCAUGCUUGUUUGGGCAUCUACUGAUGAAUUGUAGUUAAAAGUGCAUUUGUGCUCAGGGGUGUGUGUGUGUUUUUCUUUUUUUUUUUUAAAUGGUGUAAUUUGUGCAUUUGUCCAAAUCGCACCAGGAGGAAGUUUAACCCCUUACGGACCAAACUUUCGGAAUAAAAGGGAAUCAUGACAUGUCACACGUCAUGUGUCCUUAAGGGGUUAAAGGAAUGUUCUUGGCACCCCAAAAUUUUUUUGCUUAAAGAAGCAGUUUUGGUGUAUAAGUCAUGCCCCUGUAGUGUCACUACUCAAUUCUCUGCCUUUUAGGAGUUGAUUAACUUUUUUGUUUCUGUUGCCCAAGCUACAAUUCUCCUAAAUGUGACUCACACACAGCCAGGUUUCGUUUUCAUUCAGAUCUUGCAGUACUAUUUGUUUAUUUAGUACUGUAUGUGUUUACUUGGUUUUUAUCUGCUGACCUGGUAAUUGAAGUUUAAAUACAUACAGGGCUCAUGCAGCCUCCAGACUAUUAACAGAACAGGUGAUAAGACAUUCUAAAUUAAAUACACUACACAAUAAAGUUUAACAAUUAGAUCUCUGUUUACAGGAAGUGUGCAAGGAGGCAGUGUAAGUCACAGGCAGGGUAGGUGUUUCUAGGGCUCUAAAGGCAUUUCCCACUGUUUCAAAGAAAACAUUGCAGUUUCUCUAAAACUGCAAAGUUUUCAGCUGUAGGUUAAAGGGCCAGUGCACCAGACCACUUAAAUUAGAUGACUUGGUAUGGGUGCCUAUAGUGUCCCUUUAACUUCAAAUGAUAAAGAAUUGACAUUUAUUAUACUAGCAGUCACCUUAAAAAUAUUUGUAAUAUUACUCUCAUAAAGUAUUGAAAAGAAGUAGUUUUUUUUUUAUUUUUAUUAAGUAUAUGUAAAUUUACACCUCAACCAUAUCUUUAGUAUAUGACUGGAUCUUUCAGCCAUAUACAUGCACCUUUGUUCAGACAUUGUUUGAAAACACAUUAUCUAUGAUCUUCAUUGCUGCUGUGCAGUGAGUAAAGCAGUGAAGACCAUAGAGACUAACUGUUGGUUUUACAACGCUCUCCGACUAAUUGUGCAUGUAUAUGGUUGAAGGAUCCUAUCAUAUACUAAAGGUAGAGAUGAGUUUUUAUCUGUACACAUGCUUAAAAGGACACUAUAAGCACCAAAACAACUUUAGAUUGAUGAAGCAGUUUUGGUGUAUAAAUCAUGCUUCUGCAGUCUCACUACGCUAUUCUCUGACAUUUAGGAGUUAAAUCACUUUGUUUCUACAGCCCUAGUCAAACCUAUUUGUAUUUAAAGGGAAACUAUAGUGCCAGGAAAACAAACUUUUUAUUUUUUAUUUUUUUAAAUCCUGGUACUAAAGCUUCCCCCUUUGUCAAAGCCCUUCCCCCGUGGUGCAGUAGGGGUUAAUAACACCUUAUGUCACUUACCUGGGUCCAGCGCCGAUGUCCUUUGGCACUGGUUCAGCUCUGUCUAUGUUUCUCCCCCGCUGACGUUUGCCGGUUGGGGGGGAGGGGGGAGACCUAAUGCAUAGUGCAUAGACCACCAAAAGUUGUUUAAGCCCUCGGAAGUCCCUCUGGUGGCUGUCUGGUUCUCCACUAGAGAUGGAGUUAACACUAGCAGGUAAUUAUUGCAGUUUAUAAAAACUGCAAUAAUUACAUGCUCAGGUUUAAGAGUGAUGGUAGUUUGCACCCAGACCACUUCAAUGGGCUUAAAGGAUCACUACAGGGUCAGGAACACAAACAUGUAUUCCUGACCCUAUAGUGUUAAACCCACCAUUUAGCUCCCCUGGGCCCCUCAUACCUCCAUAAAUAUAGUAAAAUCUUACUGUAUUCAAGCUUGAAGCUGUAACUCUGCAUGCUGUUUGUCUCAGAAAAAAACAAGCAGUCUGCUGACAUCAUCAGAAAUGGUAGCCUGAUCCAAUCACAGUGCUUCCCCGUAGGAUUGGUUGAGACUGACAAUUAGGUAGAUCAGGGGCAGUGCCAGCACGAUUCAAACAUAGCCCUGGCCAAUCAGCAUCGUCUCAUAGACAUGAAAUGAAUCGAUGAAUCUCUAUGAGGAAAGUUCAGUGUCUGCAUGUAGAGAGAGGAGACACUGAAUGUUUGGAUGCAUUUUAGGCAGCCAUGACCCAGGAACGAUCUCUAACAGCUAUCUGAGGAGUGGCCAGUAAAGUUAUCGCUAGGCUGUAAUGUAAACACUGCAUUUUCUCUGAAAAGAUCGUGUUUACAGCAAAAGACCUGAAGGUAAUGAUUCUACACACCAGAACAAAUUCAAUAAGCUGUUUUUGUUCUGGUGACUAUAGUGUCCAUUUAAGUGGUCUGGGUGCCUACAGUGUCCCUUCAACUUCCCCAGUGUUUCUAAAUACUUCCUGUAAAGUGAGAUCUGAUUCUUAAACUUCCUUUAUUGCACAAUUUGCUUGAAGUGACAAUCCAUUUUCUUCAUAUUUGAAAAAGUGCAGAUUUCAAUAGAAAGUUACACUAGAUUAAACUAUACUGGUUAAACACCCCUGGAUUUUCAAGGAGAAAACUGGUCCUGUUACUUCCUGGUUCUGUUAGUUUAGUUGCACUGAACUCAAGAGACAGCAAUUGCCUUGCAAAGACUUCUCAUUAAGCUGCAUUGGGAAGUGUGUGAUUGGACAGCCACAUAAAGUCUGGGCUGGUUUAGCAGGGGAGGCUUUGCAAAGGCCGCACGCAAGACAUCUGCACUUUUGCAAGCUAUUUUUAUAAAGAACUCCAAUUAAACAUGCAUAAUUAAAUGCAUGUAUGAGUUCAUUUAGGGUAUAUCUACUAUAACGUGUUUCUUAUUUAUUUUGUAUCUAGGAAUGUGGAGUCUCCCAUUAGAAUUUUUUUUUUUUUUUAUCUCCUCCUCUGAUCAUAGCCUUCUAGACUCUGCAGUAGUCUCCUGUUUGUUAUUAAAGCUCAAUUUACAGAGCAGGGGAUAUAAACUUCUAAAACAAAUUUAACAUUUAAAUGAAAAUUAAAUUAUUUUUUUCAUGCAGGGUAUCUGUGUGGGUAGGGUUGCAUAAAGAGAAACAAAAGUGAUUUAACUCCUAAAUGGAAGAUAAUUGAACAGUGAAACUGCAGGGGAAUGAUCUAUACCAGGCAUAUGCAACCUUCGGCACUCCAGAUGUUUUGGACUACAUCUCCCAUGAUGCUUUGCCAGAAAUAUGGAUGUACGAGCAUUAUGGGGGAUGUAGUCCACAACAUCUGAUGUGUCAAAGGUUGCCUAUCCCUGAUCUAUACAUUAAAACUGCUUCAUUAAGAUAAAGUUGUUUUGCUGCAUAUAGUGUUCCUUUAAAUCUAUUUCAUUUCAAUAUGUGAUGAAACGCUUCUUAUUUUAAAAAUAUUUUUGAGUUGACCGUUGUCAAUUAAAAAUAGUUUUAUUUGUAAUGUUUCACACUGGACUUGUAUGGUUACUGUCAUUGCUUUAAUUUUUUUAUUUUUUUAGGUGCCAGUGAAAAUGUGGGCAAGCACAUGUUGGAAGCAUGUAAUCACAACUUAGAAAUGGCUGUUACAAUGUUCCUGGAUGGAGGUAGUAUAGCAGAGGAACCCAGUACUAGCUCAGCUGGAGCUUCUUCAGCUCAUCCUCCACCUCCUGCAGAGUAAGCAAAUUGUAUUAACUUUAUUGCUGGUAUUAGUCUAAAAUCCAGUUUUGUUCUAUACAAUUAAAAUCCUUUUUUUUUUUUUUAUAUUUGUUACUUUUGGAAUGAUUGCGGAUUAGUGUUGUGAAUUUCAUUGGACCAUUUCCCAUUAUUUAAAAAAAAAUCACUCCAGGCUGAAAAUUAGCAUUUUUGUUAAUGUGGGAACAUUAAAAAAUGCAUUUAGUAAAAUUUGCACAACAAAUAUUUUAAAUAUUUUUAUUUUAUUUUUCUCCCCAUUUUUUCACUGACAAAUUGCACUUAGCAGGUUGUCAUAGAUUUCCGUUUUUAAAACUUCAACCAGCUUCUGGUUUAAAUUACCUUUUAGCAUGAAGUGCAUGUUUCCCUAAGAUAAUCCUGUAUUUCAUGCUGUCAACACAUCUAAACUAUGAUGACUUUUCUGUUUUCAAUGUUAUCUAUGCUAACCAGUAGCUGAAAUGGAGAUUUUCAUUAAAAACACAAUUGCUCAUACAGGGUUAAAUAGCACUUCCAUAACGUGCACUCACACUCCUGAGCUUUAAAAAAAUCUGUUUAGUAGGGGUAUACAGGCACAGGGUAAUUUGCUGUCUAAUGCUAACCUGCAUUUUAGUUUGCAAUUAAUAUUAUAGUCCUAUGUACAAUGUGUGUGUGUGUAUAUAUAUAAUCUAUCCCAUAUACCCACAGCUUUUUGUAGAUGACAGUUAUAGUUUUGAGUUUUCUGUCAAUUGAUGUGUUGUUUUUUUUUUUUUUGUGUGUGUUUAUAGAGAUGAUGUUAGAGCACCAAUUCCACAGAAACAAGAAAUCCUUGUGGAGCCUGAAAUGUUUGGUGGUGAGCAAGCUUUAUUUUUAAAAUAUAUAUGUGUAAUGAAGCAAAUGCGGAAGAAGAAUAGCAAAAGCAUCAGUAAACACUCAUCUACUCUCCGCUAGAUCUUUAGUACAUUAGGUAUUUUGUAUACUUUUAUCUAUGUAUCCAUGAUAGUGAUAUGACUACACAUAUGUCCAGGUGAUAUAUUGUUUUAUCACACUUUGGUGGUGUGAUUACAUGUAUCUAUUUUCUUUCCUUUUUGUGUGUGCAUAUAUAAGGAACCCUUAAAGUACAAAAAAAAAUCUUUGUUAUUAAUAAUAUUGAUUUUGUUUUUCUCUUAAGCGCCUAAAAGACGGCGGCCGGCCCGCUCAAUAUUUGAUGGCUUCCGGGAUUUCCAGACGGAGACCAGUAAGUAUCUGUGUAUUGCUUAUUUAAUCCUCUCCCCAACUCUUAUUUAAAUAAAGUUCUAACCAUGGUAUGCUAGCCAAACAAAUCACUCUUAAGUCAUUCAGGAACUGGAUUUGCUUUAUUUCAAGAAGCAGUAGAGGAAUAGAAACAUGUAAAGUAAAUGAGUCCGGGACACUGUCCAUUGAUAGAGGAAUUCCUACUCUUCUGUUUUCAUGACAUCAGACACAUGAAUUUCUUGAAAGUUAAUGUAAUGCUAAGUAAAACAGUAGUGUCUUCACUCCACUCCUCCCUGACUGUAGAAGUGGCAUCAUCCACUGAAACUUCCUGUAAUGUUUAAAAGCAAAGGGGUAAGCUCACUUUUUCAGCAACAUUACAUGCAUUAUAUCUGUGACUAGUGGAUUUUGGCUGAAAAAUUUGUUCCUCUAUAGGUGGUAACUAAAUCAUAACUAGAUUAUAAAUUAGUUUGAGGCUUUAUGGACUUCAAAAAAGUUGAAAUAAAAACAUUUGGACAUUUAAGGGGUUCAUCUAUUCUUUGUCUUAGUAUAUAUUUUGACUGGUUUGGAAUUUCAGUGACAUUUCAACACCGUCAAUGUGAGUAUUUUCAUAAUUUUUAGGGAGACAGAUACACUUUAAACGAGUACUGUCACACCCCAGGAUUUAUGAUACUAUGUUUACUCCCUAUAUUUAACAAAUAUAUUUAAAGUACUAAAAACAAAAACAAAAUUAAAGCACCACUCCACACCACACCACAAAAGCAAGCUGAAGUUCAUAAGAUCUGCAGCCUUUGCAAGCUCUUUUAAGAUAUACCCACGAUGAAUACAUGCAUGAAAAAUUCUGGGUUGAGAUCUAAUUUGCUAAACCUUAGUUACAAAUUGUAAAACAAGUCAAAACAAAUCAUCUAUAAAAUAUUUCAAUUGGCAUGUGAUGCUGAUUUGUUCUGUGAUGUAAUUUCUAUGACCACAGAACAAAGCGACAAUUUAUAUUUAGGAACUCACUCUGAAGACGUGAUACUCCAUGCCUUUUUUUUUUUUUUUCUUGUAUCCAGUAGUUUUCUUACUCCUUACUCAUUUUGUGGUAUCUGAAAUGAUCUUUUGACUUGAGUCAUUGGACUAGGAUGGAACAAUUUUCACUAUCCUCUUUGUAUCUUCUACUUACGUAAUUAUGCUUCCUUUUUUCUUUUUCUCCUUUGGGGCGCCGCAGUCCGUCAGGAACAGGAGCUGCGUAAUGGUGGGACAGUGGAUAAGAAGCUUACCACGCUAGCUGACCUUUUCCGACCACCAAUAGACCUUAUGCAUAAAGGCAGCUUUGAAACUGUAAGUAACAAAGUUAUUUCAUGACUCUCUAGAUCUUAUUUGUCAAAGUAUAUCGGUAUGUUUUACACUAGUGUAUUUAUGACUUUCCUCUAUUGGCUACCAGGCCAGAUAUUUAUCUAUCUGUCAAAAGAAAGAUUACAUCAAGCUUUAUAGUUUGUCUCCAGCUCUCACAGCCCAUUAUUGCUGUCCAGACUUCAAUGUAUUUGUACAGAUAAAGAAAAUUCCACAUUACCUUGGUGGCAACAGAGGCCACAUUUACAAUUAUUUAUAUAGCACCAACAUAUUUUGCUGCAAUGUACAGUAAGACAAAAAAAAGAAAAGACAAUUUUAAAUCUAAGAGAACUUGUACAACAUACGGGAACAGUUGGUGAAGGGAACCCUGCUCAAACAAGCUCACAAUCUAAAGCUAUCUCUGAAUUCCCAAAGAACAUUACACCUCAAUCAUUUUGCAGUAAGCUGUUGUAGCUAUGGUGCUUAGUGCCCCUUAACAUAUUUAGAUAAACUAAUUUGAGCCAAUUCAUUUCCAUACAUUUCAAUUAACAACUUCCAUAUAUAUCAUAGUUACAUUUUUAAGUGUCCUCAUCCUUAAUUGAGUUUAAUUAUCUUUUUAUAGUCGAUUUACAAAAAUAAAAACAUUAACUGUACUCUUGACUUACAGGCCAAAGAGUGUGGCCAGUUAAAGAACAAGUGGCUUAUGAUUAACAUCCAGAAUGUGCAAGAUUUUGCAUGUCAAUGCUUAAACAGAGACAUCUGGAGCAAUGAGUCUGUGAAAACACUUAUUAGAGAACAUUUCAUCUUCUGGCAGGUAAGUGGCCUCCUCAAAAACAUUUCAUGCCUUUACUGAUGUCUUUUGGAUUAUUGUCCUGAUACAAGAUUUAAAAAAUAAAAUAAAAUUUUAAGCUCAACAGCAUAAUCUGUAGGUAUCCUGCAACAUCCCAGAUCUAUUAAAUGUUAAAUGUAACUAACAAUUUGCUGUCCACAUCUGUGUAUCGUGUAUUUUUUUUUUUCGUCACUAUUUCAUGCCUAUCUUUAUAUAAUACAAUAAAACGAAAAUAAGUGCUCUCUAUCUGAUCAAAAAAGUUAAGGAGUUUCCUGUGUGAAACAAAUCAAGACCGAUAAAAACAAUUAGGUGAACAGCGCUGGGUAUACAGGUUAUGUACGUAAAGAGAUGAAAUUGAAAUCCAAAGAUGUAUAUCUUAAAAAUGAAAAAGACACCGUAAUAGUGCAAUAUAUAAUAACAGUGGUGUGGAUAUUUUAUAGUGUCAAAGGAACACUCACGCUUUGUAGAGUUAUAUAAGCUCUAUUUUUGGAGCCUGGACGGAAUAAUUCCGGUCUAUGGAUUUCUUUGUGGGUAUCAGCACAGUACUGCUUUCAAGUAGAUGGAGGUCAUUAUAUGUAAAAGAAGAGAAUAAACCCAAUUGUAUAGUAUGUAAGUAAACAAUGUGUGAAGAAAGGAUAAACCCUACUUACAUCAACUAGAGCAAUUACCUGCUUUAGUGUGUGGAGCUUUAGGUGGAACAAUCCCCACCUAGGGAUACACAUGGACUCUGAACAUCAGCAAAGCACUCUGGAUGUGAGGUACAAAAAACGGCUGGGUAUAUACAUUUACAUAAAAUAGUACUUUAUUAAUGUAAAUUCAGAAUAAAAUAUAAGUGAUAAAAAAAACUAAAUAAAAACCAGUCCUAUAGUAUAGUCCUCACUUGAUUUGUUUUGCAGAAACUUUAUCAAAAGUGAAUGCUUGCUGGUCAGGUCCCUGUAGUUUAUCUAGUCUCCAGAUGAUUUCAUUUGAUUCCGGUGUGAUUUGCGACUAUUUCCUGUUUCAGUCAGUGUUUUCAACCUCAUUUCCGUUUCCUUUAUAUAAUAAUGUCAAAAUAAGGUUUUCAAAUUGCCCACUAGAGGGCAUCAACAAGCAAGUGAUUUCCAGAUCUGCUUUGAUUUAAAAUGACACUAUAGUCAACAGAACAACUACAGCUUAAUGUUGUGGUUCUGGUGUCUAUUGCCUGUCCCUGCAGGCUUUGCAAUGUAAGCACUGCCUUUCAGAUAAACUGCAGAGUUUACAUUACUGCCUAGUAACACCUCUAGUGGCAGUCACUUAGACAGCCAAUAGAUGUGUUGCACAGUAUGCAGUACUGACAUUCAGUGUCUCCACACUCUGCUUGGAGACGCUGAGCGCUCCCCAUAGUUAGGUAUGAUUUAAUGAGAUAUGAGCUCCAAUACUUGAAUACAUUCAUUCAAGAGGUAUGAGAUUCAAGCCAUUAAUUCAUAAGAGGUUGGAGAUCCAACACAAUAAAACACAGUAAGUAAAUGAACCUAUUGUGUUCACUGAAAAUCAGUAGGCUGUAAUGAAUGAAACCAUUAUUUUGGUCAUUUCUUUAACUCAUGAGUUGGAACCAUUAACCUACCACGAUGUCUUUAACAAUGCUUGCAAGCGAUCCUCCAGGGUAGAUUCAUAUCACCAGUAUAUUAAAGAAUAAUAUAAAUCAUGCAUUCGGAAAAAAAAGGUGUAUCUUUUAGAUGUUCUGUAAGCAUUGGUCCUCUUUACAUCUGUUUCAGUAAAGAAGUAAAUGGGUACUUACAGCUAGGGAAAUUCAUCAGAUUUUAUUUUUUAUAUUAUAGUCUCUUUAUUUCCAAUACAUACAUUUAAAGGAACACUCUACUGACUGCCCAAAUGGGCAAUUCUUUUUACAAAUCACUGUUUAGUAGAUAAAUCUGCAAUGAAUACAUACAUGCCUUUUCAUGCAUGUAUUCAUUGGGGGUGUAUCUGAAAACAGUUUACAAAAUCUGCAGCCUUUGAAAGCCUUCUUCUCUUUCCCCUGAAGAGACUUUCUCUUCACAUGGCAAUAACAUAUCAGAGGCUGGGCUCCCUCUGUGCAUCUGCUGCGUGUGUUCACACAUGAGCAGCAUAUUGAUCUAAGGUAUGUGAGGAGAAGGUAACAGAAGCAGAAACACUGCCCACUGUGGCUAUUUGACAGCAGGGGGUGUUUCACUACUUAUAAAAAGUCACUUUUAUAAACUGUUAUUACUAUGGAAUACUCACUCGUAAAGCAUUUGAGCAAGCUGAAGAGCUUUAUUGGUGUAGAGUCCUUUUAAGUAAAAAAAUAAAAACCUCCUUGUCAAUUGAUAAUACUGGCUUACACUUAUUAGCGUUUUAGAUUUAUAUAGUGCCAACAUAUUCCACAUCGAUUUUACUAUAUUACACUUGCUCUUUAAGGGCAGCCAUCUUUUGUCUUAAAGCCCACUUACACGGUCAGAAUCCAUGCAGGUAGCUGAAAUUUAGUGUUCAUAAAUCCUGAUGUUAUGUACAGGCAUCUGAUAUCUGAAAAAAAACACAAUUACAGCCAUUCAAAUUGUGCAUCGUAUUAGGUUUGAUAAGUUGGGAUUUUAACAAGAUUACUCAAAGAUGGCCACCCCCAUGGAAUUUGGCAAUAAAAUAGUUUUUUACGUUGCGAAUAUAUAUAUGACUGUAUAAUCUACAGAGGUUACAUUAGUGCAAUAUUUUUAUUUUCAGUCACAUUAAAAAUGAGUGUUCCUUUUAACAUGAAUGCAAAGUGAUUCCCCUGCUCACGUAUAGAAGCCCAUGAAAGUUUCUCAAAUAGUUUAAAACAGGUCUGCACAGUUUAUGUACAGGUGAGGUUUCAGUGCAGCAAUUGUCCGAUUCAGGGAAGGAACAAACAUGGGCUCGGAAUGGUUUUUUUGUGCUUUGUGUUCUCUUUAAAAAUCAAAUUUAGACCUUUAAAGUGCUAUUUCUACAUUUUCACAAAGGAGCUCGGAAUUAUUUGUUAACAUAUUAAACCUAUUCCAUUUUAAAUAUAAUAAUGAAUCAAUUUGAAUACAAAACAGGAGAUAUCACCUUACUUAUUCCAAUUCUAUCCAUUAGUAAACCAUAUUUUCCAACCAAUUUGUGACCUUUUCGAGUGAAUCAAAUGUGUGCGUAAUCCCAUCUUUAGUAACUAUCAGUUUGGUUGGGAAGCCCCACCGGUAUUUUAAAUUAUUUUCCCUUAAGCGCAAAGUAGCUGGCAGGAAUUGCUUCCUCGCUUUUCUUGUCUGGAAAGACAAAUCCAGGAAGACCUUUAUAUAUCAUUAAUUUGCCUUGAUCUCUUUCAAUUUGUCUUGCCGCUUUUAGAAUUUUUUCUCUAAAAGAAUAGGAGUGACAAGCAAUGAUUGUGUCUCUUGGGAGGUCAGCUGGAAGUGUUCUUGGUUUGUAAAGUCGAUGUGUUCUUUCAAGAAAGUCCACUUUAUCAUCAAUAUUUAUUUUAAGAGCUUUAAAAAAACUCAGAGAGGUAAGUUGCCAAAUUAUCUUGUGAGAUGGAUUCAGGGAUCUUUCUUAUUCUCAAGUUAUUUCUUCUGCCUCUUUCUUCUAUAUUUAUGGUUCUCUCUUCAAGAUAAUUUAUCUUUGUUUGUUGUUUCUCAAUAAUCUCACUUUGCUUCUGUAGAAGAAAUUCUAGAUUUUCUAUUUUUUGUUCGUUGACUUUAACUUUUUGUCCGAUCUCCAAUAUAUCUUUCUUUAAAGCGGCAAAGCUCCCCUGCACUUCUAUUUUUAUUUGUUCCAACUGUAGAUCUAAACAUUCUUUUAAGUACACUGGGGUGAUCAUUUGUCGUUCAUCUGAGCGUUCCUUUACCUCAGUAUCGCUGAAAUCUGCAGUUUCCUUACUUAAGGCAGCUUUAUUUGGAGUUGAUAUCUGAGAGAUUUCUAAGGUGCUUUUAUCUGCUGGGGCAUUAAAAAAAAUUAGAAAGUCUCUUUUCCUGUUUAUCUUUUUUUCCCCGGUCUUUUUUGGGGGAAGGUUUUAAAUCCAGCCUUUGGUCAGCUGUUUUCCUUGUUGCCAUUUUCCGGGUCUGAUUUCCCUCUAUUUUCUAACACGUAUUUUAUUGGGGAGCUACGUUUAGCAGAAAUGCCCUAUCAGACGUUUCAAGUUUUUACCACUUUUAAGGAGGUGUUAAAUUCUUUAGCUGUUUCCUUCUUAUUUCUUUUCCUCCUUUCUUGCUAUCCUUCUUUCUCUAUCUUCUUUACACAAUUCUGUUUGUACACCGCUUGGCUUCUCCACUUACAGCUUCUCCACUUCAGUACUUUCAGAGCUUAUUAUUGAGCAGUGUAUGUCCAUAUUUUUUUUUAAUUUUUUUUUUUUUUUAAUUUGUAUUUUAUUAGAGGUUUAGUACUCAUAAUACAACAGUGUCAUAGUAUGGGAAAUGUAAAGAACUGCAAAACAAAGUUUCUGUAACAGUCCAUGAUGUCAUUAUUAAAACGCCUAUUGUUGGUUACUCUGCAACCUCAGGUUCCUUGUGACCCUUUGUUACGCCACUUCUCAAGCCCGUAUUGAUGCAGACAGUCCCGCUUUCAAGGGUGUUUGUGGGGUCUCCAACUUUGCGCUCUCUGUGAGCCAAACAUCUGGGAGAGGAAUGUCUCUAGUUUUAGCUAGAAUGGUAAUACAUCUGGGAUUGGAUUGGAUUUGAUUUCUGGGGCUUAUAACUUGGUGUAUGGUUUAUCUUAUCAGACUGGUGCCGGGUGUAUGCUCUAUCACCUGGGAGUUGGUGGUGUGCUAAGUGAGUGCUGUGGUAAGCCGCUUAGGUGAGUAAUUGUCUCCUCGGUGUCAUUGCAAUGUGGUGACUCUUUGUGGGCCCUGGUUUGCUCUGUGCGGCUUUUUGCUUCCCGGUGUCGGCUUCUCUGGGUUCUUUGUUUUCCGCCUCUUGUCUUCUCAGCUGGCGGAGAAAGUGUGCCUGGUCGUCCGCGGAGGUGAGUGUGAGUGUCCGAUCUCCCUUCAUUGCUGUUAGGGAUCCAUCUGCCCCCCAUCGGUAUUUGAUUGCCUCCGCUCUUAAUUGUUUAGCCACUGAUGCUAGUUGUCUCCGCUCCGCUAGGGCUGCGAACGGGAGGUCUCCAUAAAGGGACACUGUGCUGCCUUCGAAUUGAACGCUUCCCAGUUCUCGGGAGCGAGCCAUGAUCGCUGAGCGGGUCUGAAUAUCUUUCGUGACCGCUAUGACGUCCCUUGGGGAUUCUGCUGGCGCUGCUGCGGCUUUGCGUAUUCUAAAUGCGGUUACUAUUUUGUCUGGUUCGGUGUGCAGCCUUAUUUCCAUUCUGGUGGUGAGGCGGGAUAUGUACCUCAGCAGGGCUUCGUCCCCAAUGGUCUCUGGUAUGCCUCUGAUGCGAAUGUUUCGCUUUCUGUGGCGAGCUUCUAGCGUUGUGACCGUCCUCUUGAGCUGCUGGACCUGUGAGCGCAGAUCCUGCACAGCGUCAUUGGAGAUCUGUUGCUGGGCUUCUCUGGCGCUUUCUCUGGCUUCAACUUCAGUGAGCCUCUUCUGGAUGACCCCCAUCUCCUUCUUUGUGGCCUGCAGGUCUGCCCUCCACACCUCCCUCAUUUCCUCAAGGAGGUCUCUGAUGUCCCUCUUUGUAACUGGGGAUGAGUCUUCCUCAGAUUCAGAUGCCUGACACUGGGCUCCGUCUUCUGCCUGAGAUGAGGUGGGGCUGUCUCUGCCCUCCUGGGAGUCAUCUGAGGCUUCCUCCUCGCUGGGUGCGGCGGGCGCCAUUUUGGCUGGUGCCGCUUGUGUAGGCCUCAUAAAGGACAGCCGAAUGUCGGGCGCUUUUGGCGGUUCCGGCAGACGGAAUUUCUUAGUUUUUCGCCCCAUGUCAGUAGCUGUGCGGGGGCUAUAAUUGUGGUGUUUGGAGGGUCCCGUUUGCGGGUUUCUGGCCUCUAUUGUAUUCUCUGAGGAAUGUUUUAUUUUUAAUGAUUACAAGACUCUGUGUUUUACCUGCUAGUAUGCCAGCGAUAUCUUUUUAAAUAUGAUGCCACGGCAUGACUUUGUUUAUGACUCACUUUUAUGAGGGUUGCAAGGCAUGUGGUAUAAUCAUAGAAAUUAGAGGAACUGUUACAUUACUCUAUUUGGUUAAAAGGUGAUUUACAACAGUGCCUGUCAAACUACACAAAUUGGUUUAAAUGCCCAUGUGAAAGCAGUGUAUCUAAUGCUUCCCCAUGCUUUUUCUAAUGCUUUCUGUCAUGUGACAGAAGCACCUCUAGUGGCUAUCAGGAAGACCGCCAUUGGAGGUUGGAUUUAAUCCUCAUAUGCUAAAAUUUGAGUUUCUUAAAAACCAAAAAAAAAAAAAAAAAACUGCAAUGUUUUACAUUGCAAGGUUACAAGGACAGGGCCACUGCCUCUUGGGUGACUUUUUUUUGCCUUUUGUGUAGAGCGUAAAAUUGUGGAAACUCUGAAUCUGUUCUUCUGUUGGAAAAAACAACCCAUUUUUUAUUGAUUGGGGAUUUGUUUAAAUUGUUUUGGUUUGCAUGUAUUUCAUCCAUGAUAAACUGUUUGGAUGAACCUCAAUGGCACAAAAAUUGCCCAGUCAGGUUAUUGCCAAAUAUGAGAAGUAACCAAUAGAGGUAAAAAUAAUAAAGUCAUAUAACUUUAUAAAAUAGAUACCUGUAAAUACAGUUUUUUUGUUUGUUUUAUUUAGUUUUGAUUCUUCUUUUUCCCCCUCUGUUGGUCAGUUGUCACUUGGUCUGUGAAUAAAAGAAACAUUUAGUGGCUGUACCUCACCCAUCAUCAUUUUGUUGCAUCAAUCAGUCGUAGUUACCAAAUAUACCAAAAAGUGCUUAUGCGCUUAAGUAAUAAGUGCAAGUCUCGUGUGUGUGUAUAUAUAUAUAUAUAUAUACUACAAAUGUUUAAAGAAUAGUUGUUGUUUUUUUUUUUUCAUCUGUUUGUGUGUUUUUUUUUUUGUUUUUUUUUUCAUCAUAACUCUGAUUCUGUGACCACUCACCUGACUGCAAACUAAUUCUGACCAUGGGAUGUGGUUAAAAAAUAGCAGUCACUACUCCAUGUUAUAUAUGAGCCAUUUUUUGUCAGAAUGUAUCAGAAGGCAGAGCUUUAUACAACUUCUGUCUCCAGUGAUCUAUCAUUGCUUACAUGAGAGAUGAUCUACAGAGCGUCUCAGUGUUACGUGAAGAUGAAGCUGAGAUGGAAGGACAGAGUGCUUUAUAUAAUUACAUCCUAUUAGCCACAUCAACAGGCCCCACCAUUGAAAUGGAAAUACCACCUGAUGAGGGGAGUUUGUUUGCACUAAAUGUGAAAACCCAACAAGUGAAAAUGUCAAUUUAUCUUGACGCAGACUGGUACAGCUGACACUUGUAACAUUAUGAUAUAUAGUAAAGGAGGGAGAGGAAUAAAAACCGCAGUAACUGAGCCUUAUAUUCGUGGGGAAGAGAAGAUUUUUGCCUCGAUAAUUGGUUUUAUAAUGAAUCUGUGCAAUCUACGUUAUUACAGGUUUACCAUGACAGUGAGGAAGGGCAGAGAUAUAUCCAAUUCUACAAAUUGUCAGACUUCCCAUAUGUUUCUAUUCUGGAUCCUCGUACAGGUAAGUAAUUAGUCUGUUGAAUUAACUGGUAGACCGUUCAUGCCAUCUUCACCUUUUAUGCUGACUCUGCCUCUUGCUGCUCGUGCACAGGACAGAAAAUGGUGGAAUGGCACCAGCUGGAUGUGAAUUCCUUUCUGGAACAAGUGACAGGAUUUUUAGGAGAACAUGGGCAACUUGAUGGACUCUCCAGUAGCCCUCCCAAGAAACGAUUACGGUCUGUAAGUAUUAUACAGCUGGUUGGGUUAAUAGGUGAAACUGUGUUUAAAGCAUGUGUAACUCAAACGUGUGUAACAAUGUCUAUAUUUCAUAAUCCCUUAAAGUACGUAAUGUCAUUUCUAGUAAUUUUGUAUUAAUAUGUUUAUAUAAAUAUAUAUUAACAUUAUGACACUUUAUUUUUUUAUUUUACACAGAUCUUUAAAUACUGUGACUAGCUUACUUUUUUUUAAAGGGACUUCAAGCCAUCCAAGCGACUUCAUCUCUAUGAAGUUGUCUGCGUGCCAUGUCCCUUUCCUUUUAACCCUGCAAUGUAAAUCACUGCAAUUCUGCAGAAACAGCAAUGUUUACAUUGUAGGGUUUAAAUGCCUCUAGUGACUGUCACUCUGCAGCAAGUAGAGGAGCUUCCGCAAAAUAAAAAAAAAAACUCUGCAAUUUCAAUGAUCUCAUAGAGACCAACAAAUUGGCUCAGCGAGGUGCUUUGAGAUCAUCCUAUAAGGAGGCAGGGAUAGUCUCAGAGAGCAGCAUGGCGUUGGAUAAGAGAUAAUUAAAAUACCUUUUUAACUCUUGUGGGGGGCAGUCACCUAAAUGGAGACUUGGACACUUGCCUUAUGAAUGCACUAUUAUAUUCCUAACACUAUUGUGCUAGUUUACUUUUAAAGGGACACAAAAGAAUGUUUUUUGGGGUUUUUUUAUUUUUAUUUUUUUUAUUGAAAGUAUAUCAAAAAUAAUAAAUUAAAAAUAGCAAAAACUAUACUCAUGAUUAAAGUUCCUGCAUAAAACAAAACCCACUCUGGCUAAACAUAACUUUUUAUAGUACUACAGAUGCUAUCACCCAGAAGUGCUAUUUGGACACCACGGUGGUUUUUGGACAUUGUAAUUGCACUGUUCACUAUAGAACUACCGAAAAGAAAUUUAACAAUUUCUAUACUACAUGUGAGUACAUGGAGUGCUCUUUUGAGUUUUCUGCUUUUUUGUUUGUUUUAUUUAUUAUUUAAAAAAAAAAAAAACUUUUUGAAAGUAAAUUUGUGAUAUUUAGUUGAGAUCUUUGUCUCCCAGGAAAGCCUUAUUGAUGCAAGCGAGGAUAGCCAGCUGGAAGCUGCUAUUCGGGCAUCGUUGCAGGAGACUCAUUUUGACUCUGCAGCCAACAAGCGAGCGUCUCGAUACGAUGAGGAGUCUGAUUCAGAGCUGUACUCUGGCAGUGAGGAGUUUAUCUCUGUUUGUGGAUCUGAUCACGAGGACGAGGAGAAACCUUAUGGGGAGUCAUCUUCUGAGCAAGAUAUCUGCAACACCAAAGCCAAUAAGUCCCCUCUUAGAGACACAUGCAAUAAUAGAGAUGAAACAGAAAGAAUACAAUCGGUCGUCGAUAAAACAGAAGAUGAUGUGUCAAACCAUUGGUCACCACCACCAGCAGACACAGUUCAGACUGACACAUUUCCUGAAUCACCUGGCUGUUCAGCUGACGGUACAGAUAAUAAUGGUGAGUUUGACUGCUUUCAACCACCUGCAUACACACCCUCCCCCUCCCCCAGCUGUAACAAUUUGCUUUAUACGUGCAUUUUAUUAAUACUGCCCAUUGUUUGCUUGUGAACUAGAUUAGUGGAUAAGAGUAAUUUGCAGUAUCCCACAGUCACUGCUUCAACUGAGCCUUUCAUCCAAAGUCAAUAAACCGCAGAACAUAUUUUAAACUAAUGUAAAGCUAAGGGGCAGUUUUCUGGUUAAAUGCGUUUGAUAUUAUACACUAGGUUUUAAUAAUUAUUUUGUAAAAUUUCCAUGAGUUAUUUGUUUUGUACACAUGAAAUUAGUCAGAAUCACUGAUGGGAGCAUUGUAUUUAUAUUUGGCCAAAAACAUGCAUCUAGUUGCUGACGAGCAGAAAGCCACUAGAGCAGCUUCCUCCUUUAAUCUUUGUUUUUUUGCAGGAUUUCAAGUUUGGCAUUAUCAUUCACAGCGUGAAAAGGCUAAACACAACUAAUGCUUCUUAUAGUGAAGCAUGAUUCGGUUAUUCUCUGUGAAAAGCUUUGGAUUGGCAGAUCGCAUGGAUUGCUAUUCAUGUGCUGUGACCUCAUUGCUACUCAGAAGCAUUGGAUUGGACAAAAGCUAACUAUAUUGAUUAUGAUAUAACCAGAGGAGAUUUAGCUGCUGCCAGCAUUCUUCUGGAAUAAUGAUAAAUGGAAAAUCAUUUUUAAUUACUAUUUGUUUUAAAAAGAUUGGAGGGGACUAAUUAAUUUUUAUCUUGAAAAGUUGGUUAGAGGGAUCCUAUAGUGUCAGGAAAACAAACUAGUUUUCCUGGCACUAUAGGUUUAAUAGGUCCCCCCUCCCUUGCGCCAUCCACCCCCUCCUGCAGGGCUGGAGGGGUUAACACCACUUCAGACACUUACCUGAACCCAGCGCUGAUGUCCCUCUGUGCUGGGUCAGGCUCCACCCACAGUCCUUCCCUGCUGACAUCACCGGCGGGGGAGACCUAAUGCGCUUGCGGGUCAUACCUCCUCAUAGGGAAGCAUUAUUUAAUGCUUUCCUGUGGGAAAAAUCUGAUGCUGGAGGUCAGGCUUUCCUAAAGCUUUCCUAAUGGGAAAGCAUUGAAUUGGCAAAAAAUCUGCCAUUUUAAUGGUCUCAAAGGGGGCGGGGCUGGCGGACCCACCUGGCGCUGGAAAUAAGGUGAGUUUUAAACUUUUCUUAUAGAGGUGCUAAGGGGGGGGGGCAAGCCACCUAAAUGCACCAUAGAGUCAGGAAUACAUGUUUGUGUUCCUGACCCUAUAGUGAUCCUUUAACAGAAAAGGGUCGAUUCUGGGAUGCUGGCUUUCUACGCAGAGUUGCAAAAUAAAAGCCAUAUCUUGAACUGGACAAUAGAAAAACAAAUAAGGAUGGGGAAAAGGACACAGACUGGAAAACAGUGUUAUCUACAUACUAACCGAAGUUUGAUGUGUUCAAUCACAGAAGAUGAACACAAGACUGAAGUGCUUGUGGAAACAGCUUCAGGAAGAAGCCCAUUAAACCAGUCCAACUUGUGGGAGUUGCUUCAGGAAGCAUGGGUUGAAAUCUCUUACCUCAACAAAUUGGCAGCCAGAAUGCCAGUCUGCAAGGCUGUAAUUGCUGCACAUCGAGGUUUUCUUAAUUAUUUCUAACCAUGUCUAAUUAUAUUUCCUAUUCAGACUCAUUUCAUGAAUGUUGUUAUGCAAAUUAAGGCAAUUUCUGAGUGACCUCAAGCUUCUAAAUGUCAGUUUAUUCAGCAGAUUUUGAUCCUAAUUGAGCCAUUAUAACAAGUUUUAGUAUUUUAGCUUUCCCUACUUGAACUCCUUACCAAAACUUUGUGACUGGUUUAUGUAUGCGCAAAACAAAUAUAGGAUUGUGAAACAACAAAACUUCUGCAUGUGUGUUUAUUAAUUAGACGAUCUCUUACCUUUUUAUUAGAUUUAGGACCAAAAGCUAAAUUAAUGUUGCGGUAUCCAGAUGGGAAGAGGGAACAGAUUACAUUACCAGAAAAGGCCAAAUUACUGGUAAGUGAAUCUGCAAUUUAUAUUUGUGUUCACUGCUGCCAGAACCACAAACUGAUCUCUAAGCACCCUAUGCUAGAAUUAAAUGUCUUGCUUAUUUGGUAUUUGCAGUAUGAGAAUCUGUCUGGUAUACACUCUUUGUUACUAAGGAAUUAUUCCUUAAGGGGUUAAGUUAUGUUUCUCUAUUAAAUGUGUAUUAUGAUCCUGGGAAAGCAUUUACCUUCUACAGAUAUAUAUAGAGAGAGAUACACACACAUAGUUUUAACACGUUAUUCUUUGAAGACAAAAUUCAUUUCAUACUCCAACAAACCGUUUUAUUUGGAGGAAGAAUUGGAUUAAUUUCUGUUGAAAGUGAUACAUGCGGCAAUAGCUGUUGCAGAUAAUUUCAUCCUUGACUUAUAUUAGUGGUUUAAUGGAUUAAAAAUUCUCCUUAUUGGGUCUCUCAUAUUGUUUAGGCCGCUUUGCAGCUGACAUGCAAACCAGUAAUGUACUUGGACCUUUAUACCCAUUCACAAUAUUUAAAGGAUCACUAUAGUGUCAGUGUUUUCCUGACACUAUAGUGCCCUCAGGGUCCACUUCCCUUGGCGCUGAAGUGGUUAAAACCCCUUUAGCCACUUAUCUUAAUCCAGCGUCAGGCUCCCUCAGCGCUAAUGACCUCUCCUCCCCCACCGAUGUCACCUCUCGAGUGGAGCAGAAUGUGCAUGCGCGGCAGGUGCCGUGCGUGCAUUCAAACAGUCCAUAGGAAAGCAUUUCUCAAUUGAGCAAUGAGAUCAGUGCACCACAAUGUUAUUAAGCUGAAGUGGUUUUGCAACUUAGACUAACCAUUGCAUGAUUUCAAUUGGUAUGUGCACAAUUCUAGUAAUGGCUUUACAAAUUAGUAUACCAUUUUCAUGUUAUCUUAAUUUGAUAGAUUUUGCUUGAGCUGCCACAGUGGUCUUUAAUACUACUGUUUGGAUUUUUAGAGAUGUCCUGAAAUACCGAUUUGUUUGACAGCUAAUGCGAUGCAUUUUCUACAAGACUCAUCUAGGGGAGUUUCAAUAAUGGGGCCAAAGAAGGGGAUGAGAGAAACUCAUUGACAAAACUGCAUCCUUACCUUUUCCAAUUCUGCAGUUUUAAAAAUACAUGUUUGAAAAAUAAUCAUUAAUAUUUUGGUUUUGCUUUCGUUGUACCUUUCUUGCAAAAUUCAUUAAACAAUGCAGCCUUUUGUUUAACAUAACAUUCAUACUUUAACAUUGGAAUUUCACUAAAUUCCAGUUUGUUUAUAUGUUAACAUUACAAUAACGUUACAAUUUUGUUGAACCAUUGCAAUUCUUUUUAGUUAAUAACUGAAGUCCUCUCUUCUGUCUCCUUUUCUCUAGGCUUUGGUCAGACACGUGCAACUUAAAGGGUACCCCAAUGAGCGCUUUGAGUUGCUCACAAACUUCCCACGACGGAAACUGUCACACCUGGACUAUGAGGUCACGUUGCAAGAAGCUGGAUUGUGUCCACAAGAGACUGUUUUUGUGCAGGAAAGGAAUUAACAUCUCUUUAACUCUCUCUCAUUUUCACAAGUCCAUCAGUUAUGGCCCACCCAAUUGAUUUAGGACCCAUCAUUGCUGCGUAUUUGGGGGAAACUUUUCCUGACUGGUCCUUCCACUUCUCUGGCUCAUUGUCACAGCACUACAGAGAAAACACUGUGAUUCAGAUGGAGCCAAACUGUUGUGGUGGAAACAUCUCGUCCAACUUUUUGUUUUUUCCUACAGAUGUUUUUUCCAGGAAUUCUUUAUCAUUGUUAUUGUUUUCACUUAUUUUUGUAUUUUAUUAUAUUAUCUUCCAUACCUCAUGAAGCAGUGCAGGAUAUCCCCAUAAAAAGGUUCAAGCUCAGAUUUAGGGAUUUGGGUGAUCCAUAUUCUCUCUCCACUGCAUUGGAAACCGAAGUACAGUCUAUGCAGCCGUGAGUCCAUAUUGCUUAUUAAACUUUGUUUCUGAAAACAGAAGGAGGUAUAUCUGUUGUUGGUUUUCCCCCCUCUUUGAACUUUGUUGACUUAUAUUUAACCUGCUGGGAACCAAAUAUUAUUUAAUACUAAAUGUGUUUCUUGGUAUUUGUUAGAAAAGCCAUUAUAAUCUUCUAUUAACAACUGACCUCUUGUUAUAUAAGCAUUCGGAUAACACAAAACUAUCCCAAAGCUUUAUGCUUUGCCAUGAAGACCUUUCUCUAGACCAAGAAUUUUUUUUAGACGAGUGGGUCUUAAAUUUUAAACUUUAUUUUAUUUUUUUAUGUGUUUUUUUUAAUUUAUUUUUAGCAGGGACCCAAUUGUAUGUUAGCUUGGCAAACCAUUCCUGAUUUGCAAAAUUAGCUUUAUGACCCAUGUUACAAAUUGAAUCCAUUAAAUAAGUAUCAAUAUUUAAAACUAACGAUAAAUUUAGAUUAACCUUUGCACAAGAAAAGCAAGAUAUUGCAGUCAGUAACUUACUACAAACAACGACCUGGGGUCUAAUACUGUGUGUCUAGUCUAACUUGUAGGUAGCCAAUAAAAUUCAAACAGGACCAUUUCAGUGUGCCAUCCCAGGAACUAACAGCCAAUGUCUUGAACAAUAAGAAAAAUAACAAACUGCUCUAGAAUUCCACGGCAGUGGUUCCAGAAUAUUAAAAGACCACUAUAGUGCCAGGAAAACAUACUCGUUUUCCUGGCACUAUAGUGCCCUGAGGGUGCCCCCACCCUCAGGGUCCCCCUCCCCCCGGGCUGGAUGGAGAGGAAGGGGUUAAACUUACCUCUUUCUCCAGCGCCAGGCGGGGAGCUCUCCUCCUCCUCUUCGGCUGAAUGCACAUGCACGGCAGGAGCCGCGCGCGCAUUCAGCAAGUCCAUAGGAAAGCAUUCACAUUGCUUUGCUUUUGACUCUGGCGUCUUCUCACUGUGAUUUUCACAGUGAGAAACGCUGAAACGCUGAAGCCCUCUAGCGGCUGUCAGUGAGACAGCCACUAGAGGUUGGAUUAACCCUAACAUAAACCUAGCAGUUUCAGAGAAACUGCUAUGUUUAUAGAAAAAAGGGUUAACCCUUGAUGGACCAGGCACCCAGACCACCUCAUUAAGGUGAAGUGGUCUGGGUGCCUAUAGUGGUCCUUUAAUGUCCCCAUUUUGUGUGUAUAUGUAUAAAUAUAAAAAUAAACUAAGCAAAGUAUGUAUUAGGAUAACCUCAUAUGUAGCAGUUGCUUUAGUAAAGUAAUUGUAUCAUCUCAGUAGUAUUUUGAAAAUAAGUCAUAAAGAAAUAAGAACUUCAAUUAUUGUUGUUAAAGCUCGCUGUAGUGAUUUAUGAUGCUUGGAGUUCUCUUGAUCCCCCUUCCCAAUGUAAAUUCUCUAUCUAUUUGCUAAUGGCUUGACAACUUACCUGGCGCCUUCUGGGAACAAGUCAUCCUUGAGCUAAAAGCUCCGGCACAAAGCUUUCAUUAGCUCGCCUAAGCCCUGCUAUGCAUGCUAUGCAGGGACAGCUCAUUGGCUGAGAGCUGAGCUGGCUGAGCCUCAGUGAGCUAGUCACUGCACUGCCAAGUUUAGCUCAGUACAAAGAGCUUUCAGCUAUCAUGGGGGUUAGAAAACUGACUACUUACAUGGGGCGUGCACACCAUGCCACUCCUGGCAUCAUAAACAAGGGUACUGUAGUGGUUAUGGUGCUUGAAGUGUAACUAUAUAAUGUGAGUUCCCUUUUCUCCAUUAAUUUGGUUUUACAGUUGGUUAACAAUAUGUUGCACUAAUUUACUAUAAAUUAUUUUCUAAUACCUUUAGUAUAAGUUAAUAAAUAUCCUCUCACUUCAGAAUAUAAAAAAAAGAUAUAGUUUCUUGACUUGUAAUUCAGCAACGCUGAAUCUUAUAAAAACAAUUUCCUCCAUGUUGCUGGCUUUAUUUUAUUGUAUCUUUUGUAACCUAGCAACACACUACUAAAACAGUGGAGGUGUUUGUUUAGACUGCAAUCCAUUAACUUAAUUAAAGUGAUGUGGUCGCUUCUGGAGUCAUAUAGUAAUUGCAAAGAUUCUCCAAAGGUAUCUGUAUUGUUGCAAUUGUGGAGGUGGCAGGUGAUUAUUUAAAGCAUCAUAUCUACUACAGCUUAAAGGGACACUAUAGUCACCAGAACAACUACAGCUUAUUGUAUUUGUUCUGGUGAGUAGAAUCAUUACCUUCAGGCAUAUUGCUAUAAACCCGAUCUUUUCAGAGAUAAUGCAGUGUUUACAUUACAGCCUAGUGAUAAUUCCACUGGCCGCUUCUCAGAUGGCUGCUAGAGGUGCUUCUUGGGGCAGUGCUACACAGUGAGCAGCACUGCCAUUCAGUGUCUCCACCCUCUGCAUGCAGACACUGAACUUUCCUCAUAGAGAUGCAUUCAUUCAAUUCAUCUCCAUGAGGAGAUGCUGAUUUGGCCAGGGCUGUGUUUGAAUUUUGCUGGCUCUGCCACUGAUCUGCCUUGACAGUCUCAGCCAAUCAGGAAAGCAUUGUGAUUGGCUCACAGAGUCACUUUCUGAUGCCAGGCAGGUCAGGGACAGAGGCAGCAGCUGCAGACUUGAAUAAAAGUAAGAUUUUACUAUAUUUAGUGAGGAAAGGUGGGGCUAGAUGGUGGUUUUAAUACUAUAGUGUCAGGAAUACUUGUUUGUGUUGCUGACACUAUAGUGUUCCUGUAAUGUUGUGGUUCAAGUGGAAAGCCGGUGCCCUUAAAUGAUUAUACACCCUCUCCUUCCACUUGCCUUCCUCCAGUUUGUUCUCUAUCCUUAUAGUCUGUUUUUUGCCAUUCUGUAGGAAUUUGUUGACUGAUGGAUUAUGGGAAUGUUAUAUUGGCUUAUCAAUUGAAAUGGAACUUUGCUUUAGCUCCACCCAUUGCAAAAGAACACACUAACCAUAAGAAAAAGUUUAAUUUACAAAAAAUUAACACACAGAAAUAGACAAAAAUUAUUACAUUCAAAAACAAAACUUUAUAAGUGGCAGAACCAUGGGGUAGCCUUUAUUUAUAGUAUAAGUUUAAAGGUAGAUUUUAAGAUUGUUCCUUAACAUAUACAGUGUAUACAAAGAACAUCUUAUGAUAGUAGAAAAAGUACAACUCCUCUGUCACAUGAUGUCACACUUCCAACAGAACAUUUGUUUAUAAGGCAAAUCAUGGUUAUUUUUAUUUAUUUUUUGGUAAUGUACAUCAGUGAUCUAUUCCAGAAUGCUUAAAUUGGGAGGAUAUUUGGUACUAGGGGCGGACUUGCCCAUUACCCACCAUAUUUAAAAAGACUGCCUAAGCACUAUUGCCGCCAUGGCUUAUUGCACAGGCAACCUUCGGCACUCCAGAUGUUUUGGACUACACCAUUAUGGGUGUAAGAGUAUUAUGGAGGAUGUAGUCCACAACAUCUGGAGUGACGAAGGUUGCCUAUCCCUGUGUAGUUCUAGGGCAAGUAUGCUGUUGGUGGAUAAUCCUCUUGAGAGACAGACCUUUACAAUAGUCAUUCAUUUGCCAUUUUGAUAAAAAUGGAAGCAGACUUGUCAUAGCGUGUCUGACACUUUUGCAUCUUUAUUUUCGGUGAAAUGUAUUAAUUUUUCUACAACCUUUUAAAAUGGAAAAAUGGCUAGAAUUUCUGAAAUGUAAAAGAAAACCGAUGGAAUUUACUGUAUUACUAUAAGAAAACUGACACUUUUUUUUAGAUCACAUUAAUAAAUACAAUCAGAAUAAUGAAGGGAUUUAAGUCACUUUUCAGUACACUUUGAUAAAAAUCCCUGAAUGUCUGAAAAUUGCAUCUGUCAUUCCAGAAUUAUUGAACUUAAAGGACCACUAUAGUGCUAAGAAAACAAACUUGUUUUCCUGCCACGAUCGGGUCUUUAGGUUCCCCCCACCCUCAGGGUCCCACUCCCGCUGGGCUCAAGGAGACUGAGGGGGUUAAACGGGCUCCCUCGGCGCUAGUGGGAACUCUCCUCCCGACGUCAGCGCUGAAUGCGCAUGCGCGACAAGAGCCGCGUGCGCAUUAAGACAGUCCAUAGGAAAGCAUUUCUCAGCCAGCUUAUUCUCACUGAUUUUUCACAAUGAGAAGCGCGGGAGCACCUCUAGCGGCUGUCGCUUCAUUGAGCUGAAGUGGUUUGGGUGCCUAUAGUCGUCCUUUAAUCAAAUAUUUUUGAAAUUGGUGCUUUUCAAUGAAGGACACGCAUAUCCGUUUUGAACUAUAGUUCAAAGUGACUUAGGCAGGAAUCCUUCACAACUGUUUGCUUCAUGGCUGGGAGGUGCUGCAAAGGGGGAUUUAUAAAAGUUUUUAUUUGGCACUUUUUGUAAAAUUAGCCUGCAAGAACAUGCAGAUAAUCCUUAAAGCAACACUCUAGUGUUAAGAAAAGAAUGAUGUAUUCCUAAUACUAUAGUGUCCCUCUGCCCCCAUAGUCACACUCGAUCCCCACGUCUAUGAGAAAAAAAAACCACAACCUUUCUUUCACUUACCCGAUUCCAGCGACGAUAACCCUCCGCCGAUGGAGGAGACGUAAUGCACAAGUUUGAUGAACGCAGCUCACUCAUUAGGCUUUCCUCAUAGGAAAGCAUUGACUCAAUGCUUUUCUAUGGAGUUUUACUUCAAUCUGGAUGUCCUCAUGCUUUCGUCCAGCGUUGUUUCACAGAGUGAAACUGCAGGAAGAGCUUCUUGUGGCUGUCUGAACACUGCAAUGUAAACAUUCUCUAAACCAGCAGUGUUUUACAUUGCAAAGUUAAGGGAACAGGGACACUGCACCCAGACACUUCAAUGAGAUGAAGUGGUCCGGGUGCCUAUAGUGUGCCUUUAAACCAAUUCAAAAUAAGUGCUUUAGCGUACUGGAAUUUUCCUUUUGUUUCUUUUAAAAUAAGAAAGAUCCGAGACCUGACAUCAACAUGUUAAUAUAUUGAAAUAUUUUAAUUUAUUGGGUUUUUUUUGUUUUGUUUUUUUGUUCAGUCACCUCUGGUAAUAGGUGAUUGAACUCAUGCAUUUUCCUAAUGUUAUCUCAACAGUGGGCAGGCAGGGCUUGUGCAAACUACUCUUUGACACAAAGGUGGAACUGUAUCCCCAAAGGCUUUAAGCAUCAUAACCAGUACAAUAUGACAUGCUUCCAUGUCCCUUAAAUUCAAGAGAUCAUCACUAGCAUACGAAUAUUGUGGUGAAGAUGAAGAAUUUCCUAUUCUGGAAUGCCUGGAGUAAAACGAAUGUGUAGCAUACACAAUUAAUACUUGCAAAGACUCUGGCUGCUGUUAUUAAAGUGGCCCUUUAGUCAUUUAUUCCCCAGCACAGCAUCUUUUUAGCCCCCUCACAACCACCGCCACAAUUGUAGGACCAGUGCAAAUAGCCUUUUCCAAUGUUGUGUUGGUCCUGCCGUUUUUUUCUUUGACAGUGUUUCAAUCUCUGUGAUUCUAAAUGGAGGUGGAUAAGAAAUCCAUGUUCUGCCUUUCUAUGGGCAUGGGGUAAAUGACGCGCAUGCUCAAGAAUUCCAAUGGACCUGUGUUGACAAUCGCAUGAGACUCAACACAGUGUCAGUGACACACCUACUCUCGGAGAUGAUGCAACGCUGGAAGGAGGUAAGUACAGCCAAUGGCAACGUCACAGGCCAUGGAGCUAAAGCUGCACCCUUUGUCAACUUUUGUUAACCUGAAGGUUGUACUUAAUGAGAAAUAGUCCCUACUUUUUUCAUUUUGUAUAACCUUAGAAAUAAGCUUUGUUUAAAAAAAAUAUAAAUUGUAUAAUAUACUCACAGUGUGGACUUACAGGAUUGUCUCAAAUAUAAAUGCACGUUUGAGACAUACUUAUGCGGAGUGACAGACACUUUCAGGAAUCUGGGAAAUCUGUCAUUUAUGAACUUUUUCAGACGAAAUUUAAGGUUUGUUUUGAAAAGUUUGCAAUAUUUAUAGCAAACUGGAAUUGGAUGGAAUUUCUAGUGUAUAAAAUAUUGAAAGCAAUAUAUUGUAAUGCUUUUCAGUUGCUUUAUCCUGUGCACACCAGUGUGUAUCUGCAGCAGUUUUUGUUUUAUCAGGAUUUGUAAAAAAUAAAUAAAAAUGGUGGUUUAAUAAAAAAAUCACUUGGUUCUGAUUCUGGUACAGUGUUCUUUCUCGUCCAGUAGUUAAGAUUACCUUCCUUCCAUUGCUUCUCUGGGUUGGGGGAUUAUUGUGUUUGCAUACACCUGCUCCAACUCUGUAAUUUCUUACUCAAUUUUACAAGAGACGUGCAAUCAAACAAUAAAUGCCAAAAAAAACAAAAACUGAAAAGGAGCAUAAUUUAGCUUUUUACUUGUGCAAGCUUAUGCUGUUAGCUGUCUUCAGCAAUUAAGUUUCAUCUUUUUAUUCUUACACUUUUGGUUCCUGGAUUGCCUUUUCACAUGCUUAAAGGGAUACUGUAGUGCCAGGAAUACAAAGCUGUAUUCCUGGCACUACCAAUCCCUCUGUCUGCCCCCUCACUGGUAAAUAAAGGGUUAAAAACCCUUUAUUUACUUACCUGAUCCCAGCGCCGAUGUCACUUGGUGCUGUGUGUAAGCUCCGUCCCUGCGGGGUCUACUGCGCAUGCGCAGUAAAUGACAUGUGCGCAAUAGACCUCCCCAUAGAAAAGCAUUGAUUCAGUGCUUUCCUAUAGUGAAAAAUCUGAUGCUGGAUGUCCUCCUGCAGUCUAGCGUCCGAUAACAGACCAAAAGUGUUACGAAUCGGAAGCGCCCCCAGUCUUAGGGCUGACUUAGUGCUGCAAUGUAAACAUUGCAGUUCUCUGGAACUGCAAUGUUUAACAUUGCAGCACUAGGUGCAAACGGGACACCGCACCCAAACAACUUCAAUUAGCUAUAGUGGUCUUGGGUGCCAACAGUGUCCCUUGAAUGAUUUGUGGUUGUAUUCCAUAUACAAAACAAAAUCUGUUACAGAUCAUAAAAUCCACAAAUUCUCAUAUGAGCUGUUUUAAUUUGGACAAUACAUACAGAAACAAGUCCUCAGUAGGUAAAUAUUUGAAGGGAUUCUCUAGUGCCAGGAAAACAAACCCGUUUACCUGGCACUGCAGAAUCCUGGAGUCCCCCCAUCCCGAGUUAAAACUCCUUCAGUCACUUACCUGAAUUCACUUCAAUGGUCUGGGUGCCUAAAGUGUCCCUUUAAAAAAAAAUAAAAAAAAAAAAUGUGAAGGGUAUAGUCAUCUAUUAUUUUUAUUGGUGUGCGCUAUUUGAGACUUUUUUUUUUUUUUUUGUAAAAAUCAAAAAGUCAGUGGUCUUUUGUUUUCGGGAGACCUAAGUUAUGUAUAUACACCAUUAAUAUGGUGUCCUAUUCGUCUAUAGGAAAUUUAGUUCAGUGACCCAUUCUUCAAGUGUUAUAGGUAUAAAAAUAAACUGUGCAAAUCACCUUCAUUUGGGAAGGCAGAAUUGCUAUAGUCAACUCCUGCUUGUGGGCAGUUGCCCUUGAUGUUGUGAAUGUGCCUUUUUCCUAUCAGUGAGGAUUCAUUUAUGGGUCUUAAAGGGACACUAUAGUCACUAGAACAACUACAGCUUAAUGUAGUUGUUCUGGUGUGUAUAUGUCCCUGUAGGCUUUUUGCUUUAACCCCUUAAGGACACAUGACAUGUGACUUGUCAUGAUUCCCUUUUAUUCCAGAAGUUUGGUCCUUAAGGGGUUAAGCACAGUCUUUUCAGAGAAAAGGCACUGUUUGCAUUAAAGCCUAGGUAAACCUCCAAUUGCAGUCACUCAGAUGGCCACUAGAGGUGCUUCCUUUGUCAGCAUGUGCAGCACCUACGUUCAGUGUCUUACUGCCUUGCUGAACUUUCCCUAUAGAGAUUGAAUCAAUACACCUUAUUUUUAUUUUUUACCAUUUUUUGGGGGGAGGGGGUGUUCACAUAGCUAAACUGUUUUCUUGACCACAAAGGAUUCCUUUAACCCAGGGAGUUAAAAACCACUGUGCAGUCACACAUUUCAUUUCCAGAAUGUCCUUGUAUAAAAUGCAGCCUUUUUUUUAACCCCUUCACAACAAUUGAAAGGAAAAUACCAUGAAAUCAUUACGUUUGGACUAUGUAAGUGAUAUUCACCUCCUCAAAACAAAUCUGAAUGGUGAGUGGAUAUUGGUCGAUCACCUAAUAAUUUGACUGUAAAAUACUGUAUAUUCAGCACAGAAGGAACAUCACUAGAUAAUACCGGAAAUUAUAGCAUUAAACACUGUUUCAAAGUGAUUUUGCCUAAAAUCUAGUAUAGUAUUACUCAAGUGAAGCAUAUUCAGCCACCAUCCUUGUCACAUAAAUGCCCUUUUGUGACUGGAGUGCAGUUUUUUAAAAUGGUCCCCGAAUCUUUAAUCUUUACAGCACAAUGAAACAUAGUUGAUUAUCUUAUUAUUUAUUGGCAAUUAAAUGAAGAGAUGUAACCUGUAGUAUUUCCUCUUACAACUUAAAGGAGCACUAUAAUGCCAGGAAAACAAACUUGUUUUCCUGGCAUUAUAGGGUCAUUAGGUCCCCUCCCUCUCUCAGGUCCCCCCUCCCGCUGGGCUCCCUCGACGCUGGGGAACUCUCCUCCUCCUGCCGACGUCAGGGCUGAAUGCGUGUGCGCAUUCAAACUGCCCAUAUUAAAGCAUUAUUCAAUGCUUUCCUAUGGACGUCAGCGUCUUCUCACUGGGAUUUUCACAGUGAAAAUCGCGGAGGCGGCCUCAAGUGGCUCAGUGAGACAGCCACUAGAGGCUGGAUUAACCCUCAGUGUAAAAAACUAGAGGGACCUGGCACCCAGACCACUUCAUUGAGCUGAAGUGGUCUCGGUGCCUAUAGUGGUCCUUUAAUGCUUUUGUAAUAUUCACCACUUGCUACAAAAUGUUCAUCUUCCAUAUUCUCUUUUGUUUCCAGAAGAGAAGUGACAGUUCCCUAAUAGCUUCACUCCAGUAAAUGCUAUUGUUGGGUUGAAUAUUAUUGCGCUUCCCAGUUUUUAUGACUUUGUUGCCCCGUGAUACCUCAUGCGCACUUUAUUUAUAUGUAGAAUUAGCUAUUCUUGGAGUGGCCAGUGGCUGCCAGGCUUGGAGUGCUGCAGGUGGCCUACUAGGAUUGUCUCAAAUUAUGGCAAGCAAGGAUGGGCAUAGAUUUGCAUCAAGAUGCUGUCCCAUCAUCGCUAAACAAUGUAAAGAUGAGGCUAGAACAUUAGUUAUGAGGGAAGCCUAGUUUAAAGCUUGGUCAAUCUUGUAUUCGUAACUUUAAGAGUGAUUUAACGUUUACCAAAACCAAUAGGUCAGGAAGGGUGUUUUUCAAUGCUUUGUGAUGCAUGGAAAGUACAUUGGUACUGAUAUGGGUAAGCAGAUUUAUUUUUCAGCACAAGGAUAUGUAUUUUUUUUUUUUUUUUUUUCACUUGACCACUGUAAGAAAAGGAGGAAAAAUGUUAACUAAAUGUGAGAGCUACAAUCUGACUCAGGCAUUUUUUUUGCACGCCUACUGCGACAAAGUACAUUAUGAUGCAACUGAUGACCAAAGAUUUGUCAGAUCGAACAGUGUGGUUAGCCUAACAUCCAUAACAUUUUUAAACACGUGGAUCUUAAGGCUGACUAAUCAUUGAUGACAAAAACAAAGCAGUUUAAUUUUUUAUUUUUUUAUUUUUCCAAAUACUGCUUCCUCAUAAUCCGUCUCAUUGAAAAUGAUUGGUUAGUGCUCAAGGAAUGAGAUUCAUUCAUCUUGGUCUUCACCUCUUAAACUUGAAAUCAAAUUAAGCAACUCAUGAAGAAGUCUGCAAAAAUUAGGAGUGAUGUGACUGAUGUGCAAUGAUUUCCAUUUUUGAAAUGACAGUUCUGCAUCUGGCUGCAAAAAGUCAAUCCCCCAAAGUUUUAGAGUUACAACUUCCAUGGUUCUUUGCCAGUAUGUCAAAGCAUCAUGAAAGUUGGAGUUGUACAACGUCUAGCGAUUUGCCCUUCCCUGCACCACAAUCUAUACAAAUCCAACAUGUUUUUACUGUAAACUGAAAAGGCGCUGCCAACAUCUUGGCACAAUUCACACGAUAUACCUCGCUUUCUAUUUAGACAACCUGUUCAAUAUGUAUAUUUUGCUGACUUUGCAAUAAACCUAAUGCAACUGUAGUUGUUUUAUUUCAAUAAUUUGUCAACUAGUUUUUCUUCCAGGAAUGGCAACUGUCUCACAUAGCAUUUGGUCUGAGGUCAUAGUUAUCAGGGCAGGUUACAGCAUAGUAUUACCAUGUAUUCUGGGGAUUGCACAUUCUCUGGCAAGCAUACUGGUUGUUGGGUUCAAAAUGGCUGCAUGAAUGCCAAGGUAUAGUGAAAGUGCAGACCUCAUGAUCACGUUUGGCUUUUUUAAUUCCAGCUUAUUCUUUAGAAGGAAGAGUUGCAUAGGUUAGCAUACCAUCCAGUCCAAGGAGAUAAAUGCAAAAUGGUACAUAUAAAUGUUUGUUUGUUUUUUCUUUUCUUAUAUUGUUUAUUGUAAAUGUUAUCUGUGUGUACUUUUUCAGAUAAAACAUUUUAUUGGUUUUGCAUGAACAGCAAAUUAUGGUUGAUAGACAAGUGAAGUGUAAAACGUUUCUCUAAAUGUUGAACUUUUAUUGUUAAAUCAACAUAAUUCUGUUUUACACUUUGUUAGCUCUACAAACCUUUGACACAUUUUGGCCUUUUACACAACCAUUUAACAUAUACAGGUCACCAACCUAUCCUGGUAACUUAAAAUGUAUAGUAGUAUUUUUUGUUUUCUUUUAUUUAAGCAAUGCAGGGCUGUAGAGUUAAAUUGUGGAUGGUGUGAUGUGUGAAGAGGGACUAAUUAUGAAGAUCAUUUUGUUUUAUCUGAAUAGCUGCUGCAUUUUGUUAUUAUAAAUACUUGUAAAUGUCUUGUAAUAUUUGACUCUUACGUAAUAAAAAGGGAAAAAAAACCACAAAAAACCUGAUCUGUUUAUAAAUAUUAAUUUUAUUUCCCCCCACCCUCCCCCCUCUUUUUCCCUAUUGUAUGAAGUGAAAUCUCUUUUGCUAUUUCUCUAUUAAUGUCAUACCACCUGAUAUCACUAGGGGAAUUGUCGAUAAGGCUCUUGCACACAAGGGACUACUGAUUUUCCACUUUAAUUUGCACUGAUGAAUGUUGUGUGAAAAUAUACUGCUUUGUUACAGCCAUCAAGAUAGAACAAUUUAGGGCAGAUUUAAGGAGCAUUUCCACCUUUUUCUCUAUGUAAUCGCAUUAUUAAUUUGCUAAUUACAAUUAAAGCCUAGACUUUGAACUUUCAUUAUACCUACAUUGUUACAUGUAUCAUUCUAAACAACUAAAAUAUUUAAU